UUAGUUUGUUUAUUUGAUUGUCUCCUACUAUCAUAACUAUUACCCGAUUGGAUAUACAUCACACCCGUUGGACAGACAGACAGACAGACAGACGCACACAAUGGUUGAUCAAACAGAUCCACAGCCAUCGGCAGCGGCAGCCAGUGAUAGCCAACCAACCGUUAGCCGAAAAAGUAGUGAAGGAGAAGUAGGAGGAGGAGCACAAACACCUGCUGCUAGUGGAUCAGCACCUGUAGUACAGCCACAGAAACCUCCGGUAGCCGUAGUGCAACCGCAACCGCAACCGCAACCACAACCACAACCACAGCCGCAACAACCAUUUGGCCAGCGCUUCCAAACGGUAGCACCAGCACUGGGUUCGGAUCCGGUACCGCUAGCUUGUGGCCACUGUGACGCCAAGGUACUGACCGAAACCCGUCCGGCGCCAGGUCUGUUGGCCUAUUUGUUGGGCACCGUUAUCUGUAUACUUGGUCUAUGGUGCGGCUGCUGUCUCAUACCGUGUAUGCUUGAAAUGACACAGGAUGUCGAGCACCGGUGUCCCAAUUGUGGUACCUAUUUGGGCAAAUAUAGACGUAUUGGAUAAAUUUUUUUUGCC